ACUAAAAGAGGAGGGAGAUACCGGAGCAGGAGAAUCCCUCCUCCUCCUCCUCCUCCUGCUGCAGGUCCAGUUCUGUCACAACUCUGGAAGCAGCUUCAAGAGAUGGUUCGGUCUGGGUUCUGUCCCCUGCUCCUCCUCGCCCUGUUGGGGGUGUCCUCCGGCUGGGACCUGGUUCUGCUGCACACCAACGACGUGCACGCGCGCGUGGAGGAGACCAGCGUUAACUCGGGAAAAUGCGGGGGAAGCGGCUCGUGCUUCGGUGGGGUGGCGCGGAGAGCCACCGCGAUCCAGCGGGUCCGGAACUCGGAGCCCCACGUCCUGCUGCUGGACGCAGGAGACCAGUUCCAGGGGACUGUCUGGUUCAACGUCUUCAAAGGAGCCGAAGCCGCGCGCUUUAUGAACCGCCUGAGAUACGAUGUGAUGGUUUUGGGGAACCAUGAGUUUGAUAACGGUGUGGACGGUCUUAUGAAGCCCUUUCUGGAGAACGUUAACUUCACCAUCAUCAGCGCCAACAUCCGACCGGACCAAACUCUGGCGGCCACCUUUGGAAAGUCCUUCAUGCCGUACAAGAUCUUCAAAGUCGGUGAUCAGAAGGUGGGAGUGGUGGGAUACACGUCACGAGACACAUCGUCUCUGUCCAAACCCGGACCUCAUGUGCAGUUUGAGGACGAGGUCAGCGCCCUGCAGCCACACGUGGACAAGCUGCUGACGCUCGGCGUCAACAAGAUCAUCGCUCUGGGACACUCCGGCUUCAUCGUGGACCGUCUCAUCGCUCAGAAGGUCCGCGGCGUGGACGUGGUGAUCGGAGGACACACCAACACCUUCCUGUGGACAGGACCUUCUCCUCCGUCUCAGGAGUAUCCGGCCGGUCCGUACCCGUUCAUGGUGGCUUCUGAGGACGGGAGGAAGGUUCCGGUGGUUCAGGCCUACGCCUUCGGGAAGUACCUGGGUCACCUGAAGGUGACCUUUGAUGAUGAGGGGAACGUGAUGGAGUCUUCAGGGAACCCCAUCCUGCUGGACAGCCGCAUCCCUGAGGAUCCAAGUGUUCUGGCUGAGGUGAACGAGUGGAAGAAGAACCUGACGGAGUUCUCCGCUCAGGUGGUGGGAACAACUCUGGUCUUCCUGAACGGGUCGCACGCGGCGUGCCGCUCGCAGGAGUGCAACCUGGGAAAUCUGAUCUGUGACGCCAUGCUGGAUAACUUCAUGAGGUUCUCAGGUGGAGAACAGUGGAACCACGUCAGUGCCUGCAUCAUGAACGGAGGCGGCAUCCGCUCAUCCAUUGAUGAACGUACCCUGAACGGCUCCAUCACCAUGGAGGACCUGAUCGCUGUUCUACCAUUCGGAGGAACCUUUGAUCUGGUGCAGCUGGACGGCGCCACGUUGAGGAGCGCCUUCGAACACUCAGUGGAAAAAUAUGGACAGAACCCGGGACAGUUCCUGCAAGUGUCAGGGUUUCGGGUGGAGUAUGACGUGUCCAAACCUGCAGGACAUCGGGUGAAAAGUCUCAGAAUCCUCUGCACACACUGUCGGGUUCCAGACUUUGAGCCGGUCAGAGACGGGACGGUCUACACGGUGGUCAUGCCGUCCUACCUGGUGACGGGCGGAGACGGGUUCAGCAUGAUCCGAGACCAGCUCAAGAAACACAACAGUGGAGAUUUGGACAUUUCCGUGGUGUCUGAAUACAUCUCACGGAAACUGAUAGUUUAUCCUUAUAUUGAAGGACGCAUCAAGGUCUUCAACUCGGCCUCUGGACUGAAAGUUCUGACCGCUCCACUGGUUUUACUGGGGCUGGUUUGGAUCCUGGGUUGGGUUCUGUAACCAGAACCGCUUAAAGAGACUAGAAACAUUUUUUAAACUUUUCACAGUUUUUUUAUAAACCACACAUGGACCUGAGGAACUACCUGAUCCCCCUGAUGUUCUACUGCAGAACCAAGGGUUCUGUUUUCAUCUCAAAACUUCCAGGAUUCUUCUGAACUCUGUGGGACCAAAUCUGGACCAGAACCACUUAAACUCUGAAGCAUCGAGAUGAACCUCAGCACUGCAGUUUCUCUGAUGACCUGUAGAGGGCAGCAUCAAGAAUUCAACCACUUUUUUAAUGAUUAAUGAUCACCUGGGUCUACCUGAGCCCACCUGGGUCUACCUGAGCCCACCUGGGUCUACCUGAGCCCACCUGGGUCUACCUGAGCCCACCUGGGUCUACCUGAGCCCACCUGGGUCUAUCUGAGCCCUGCUCAGCUCUGUACUUAUGGUAUAAAAAGGUUUUAAUGUUUGUCACAGAUCAGUUUUUACUUUUUGUUUUUAUA